UGGAGGCAGCCGGGAUCAGCCAGGGGCCAGCAUGAGCCGGAGGGAGGGCAGCCCGGAAGACCCCCAGGCUGACUCCUCAGUCUCACCCCUUACCCACUUGGAGGCCAAGAUCCGUCAGACUCAAAGCCUUGCCCGCCUCCUCAGCAAAUAUGCUGAGCAGCUGCUCCAGGAAUACGUGCAGCACCAGGGAGACCCCUUCGGGCUGCCCGGCUUCUCCCCGCCGCGGCUGCCGGUGGCCGGGCUGAAUGCCCCCGCGCCGGGCCACGCCGACCUGCCGGUGCCCGAGCGGCUGCGGCUAGACGCGCUGGCUCUGGAGGCGCUGCCGCCGCUGCUCGACGUGGUGCGCCGCCUGCAGGCCGAGCUGAACCCGCGCGCCGGCCGCCUGCUGCGCCGCCUGGAGGACGCGGCCCGCCAGGCCCGGGCGCUGGGCGCCGCGCUGGAGGCCGUGCUGGGCGCGCUGGGCGCGGAGCCGCGCGGGGGGCCCCGGCCCGAGCCCGCCGCCGUCGCCGCCUCGGCCGCCUCCGCCGCGGCCGGCGUGUUCGCGGCCAAAGUGCUGGGGCUGCGCGUGUGCGGCCUGUACCGCGAGUGGGCGGGCCGCGCCGAGGCCGACCUGGGCGCGCUGGGGCCCGGGGGCCCGGCCUGAGCCUGCACGGGGCGCCCGCGUGCACCUGCCUCCUCUCUGUCCCUCUCUCUCCAUCCCCUGUCUUCUCUCCAUCUCCUUUUCUCUCCUUGACUCUGUUGGUGGAGUCCACAUCUAUUAUUUUCUCGCUAACCCUUCAGCCCUCCCCC